AUGGUGGCCAAUGACAGCAGUGCUACGCCAUAUGCAAUCGUGUCCGUGGGACUGGCAAGCCAGAUGGCCUUGGCCGUGUACGGCGCAUGCGAGGGCAUGGCCUCUUCUGGCGCAGCAUCGAUCCUGCACAGCCAGAAUAGAUCGAUCCUUGGGCCUACAUACUUUAUCAUGAUAAUGAUCUCGACGAUUUUCUUCAGCAGCUUUCUUGUUGCGCUGAUUGUUGCAACAAACAUAGAUACCACGCUGGAUGUAUCGAAGAGCGUGUCGUAUUUCUCAGCAUGCAUGAUGGUUGGGAUAACAUCUGCAGUGUCUGGAAAGGUUUGUGCAUGUCUUGGCAGGCGAGGAUUCAGGAUUCUGUCGGAAAAGCCAUCUUUCCUUCCAAUCCUGAUCAUACUGUUUGGGAUGAUAGAGUUUGUACUGAUCAUUGUGUUUUCAUGUGCCUUGCUGAUGGUGUAUCAGCCAUAA